AUGCAAAAAAAUAAAUAUUCUUAAUUAAAAAAACUCGCUAAUAUUUGGAAUUUUCUAACCCGAGCAGACAAAGAAUAUUUGCAUUCAUAAACAUUUAAUUAAUUUUUAAUUACAAUUUAUUUUUUUCAACUUUUUGGACUUCCCUUAUCUUUGACAGAUUUUCCCAAAUAAGAUGAAAUCCUCUAAAUAAUAUGUUUUAUUGCUAAAAAUUCACGAAUAACUCCUUUAUUGACUUUAAUUUCAAAAAGUUCUCAUAGUUUUUGUAUUUUUUUUCUUAUUUCUCUUUUGUUUUCUGAUAUAACAUUUUACAUAAUUAUAUUUUAAUUAUCUUUGAUUCCAACCUACAAAUAAGAUCGAGCUUCCUAAUUAAAAAUAAAAGGUAUUUAAUAUAUAAAAAUUUACACUGAACUUUUUAAAUGGUUUUUUUUUAUUAUAAAAACUGAUAUUGCUUUUGGAGGUAUUUUUUGUACUUAUAUUGAUUCUUAAACAAAUCCUUUAAUAGAAAUUAGAUGUUCAUAUAUACCCUAAAUGGAUAAUUAUAAAUUAAUAUUUUUAUUUUUUUGUCUUUUAUAGCUUUUAUUUGUUUUUAUAAGCUGUUUUAUUUACCUUUUAGUCUAUAAUUCAUGUGAAUUAUUAGAAAAAGAAUCUUAUUUUAAAGGAUAUUUUUUUAUUUUUGGUUCUUUUUUAUUUUUUAUUUAAAAAAAUUUGUUUCAUAAAUAAAUUAACUCACUCCAUUGUUUUAAUUUAUCUAACUCUGUUUAAAGACCACUUUAUGCUUGUUAGUUUUUCGAAGAACUAAUAGUAUUAACGAAAAGAAGCGCAAAUAAUUUCCAAUAAAGACUUAUUGCAUUCGGGAUUAUUAGUAAUCAUAUGGAAAUAUGUUUAGAUAUAAAAUGUCCUUGUUUUUCUAUUAAAUAGAAUCCGCAAUUUUCAAUUAUUUUCGAACCAGUAGGUGUUUCGAAUAUUAGAUAAUAAAAUAAUUAUUAGAACUUUAAAGAAUGGAUUUAUAAAUUUAUUGAUUAUAAUUUGAGAUAACUAUUGACUUAAUUAAAAAAAAGUUAUAUUAAACAAAACUAGAUUUUUUAAGAUGUUUCUAUGAGAUUUUGGUUUUUUAGUAUUCGAUAAUAAAGAAAUUAUAUAAAAUCAUUAUAUAUAAUGAAAAGUGAUAGUGAUAAAUAUAUUAAGAAGAGUUUUUUUUUAAAAUUAUAGAAAUAUCAUGUGUUUAAAUAAUAGAAAAUUAAAUAAAAAAUUAAAAGAUAUAUAAUAAGCAGUUUAAUUCGAAAAUUUUGA